CGCCUCUUUUUCGUCAUGGAAUAUGUAAACGGUGGUGACCUCAUGUUUCAGAUUCAGCGCUCCCGAAAAUUCGACGAGCCCCGUUCACGGUUCUAUGCUGCAGAGGUCACGUCGGCCCUCAUGUUCCUCCACCAGCAUGGAGUCAUCUACAGGGAUUUGAAACUGGACAACAUCCUUCUGGAUGCAGAAGGCCACUGCAAGCUGGCCGACUUCGGGAUGUGCAAGGAAGGGAUCCUGAACGGAGUGACGACCACCACAUUCUGUGGGACUCCUGACUACAUAGCGCCCGAGAUACUGCAGGAGUUGGAAUACGGCCCCUCUGUGGACUGGUGGGCCCUGGGGGUGCUGAUGUACGAAAUGAUGGCCGGUCAGCCCCCCUUUGAGGCCGACAACGAGGACGAUUUGUUUGAGUCCAUCCUCCAUGAUGACGUCCUGUACCCGGUCUGGCUCAGCAAGGAGGCUGUCAGCAUCUUGAAAGCUUUUAUGACGAAGAACCCCCACAAGCGCCUGGGCUGUGUGGCGGCGCAGAACGGGGAGGACGCCAUCAAGCAGCACCCGUUCUUCAAAGAGAUCGACUGGGUGCUCCUGGAGCAGAAGAAGAUCAAGCCCCCCUUCAAACCACGAAUUAAAACCAAAAGAGACGUCAAUAACUUUGACCAAGACUUUACCCGGGAAGAGCCGGUACUCACUCUAGUGGACGAAGCGAUUGUGAAGCAGAUCAACCAGGAAGAAUUCAAAGGCUUCUCCUACUUUGGUGAAGACCUGAUGCCCUGAGUAGCCUCUCUGGGUGGAGUUUGCUGUUGCUGCGAUCAGGGUUUCCAAGACGAUUCCUGGGUUGCAGAGGCUCAGAAGGUCUUGAACUACUCCUCUCCCCGGAGCCCCCACCCCACGUCCACUGUCUAUUUAUUGUAUCCCCCUCCCCCAGGCCACCUCCUCCCGCUCCCACCUGGUGACCAGAAGGCACUCUCGGUUCUCGUCUUACCAGUAGUAUAGACUGGUUGGGACCAGGUAGGACUGCUGUCAAGCCUGGGUCCACUCCUCAGGGGCUCCUGGCAGGGAAGCAACUUCAGUUCUUUUACCACAACAAACAACGACAAUAAAAAGGAAGCAAACAAGAAGACUCUGGCUCUGCUAUGGGACAUAGAAUCCUGACCCCUCUGCGUCUCUCUUCCCUCCUACACCCUGCCCUGGCUUGCCACCCCUGCCCUUCUGUCCAGGACAAGAGACCGGUGCUUCUUCCGCAGAGGGUGGGCACCUUCGAGGUGUGCCAUGUGAGGGAGGGAGACUGGAGAUGCACGGGCUGGCUGACUGGCUGUGUUGGUUUGUUCUGGAAUGGCUAACUCUUGCCUGCUUUGGUUCUAACUUCGGAGCAUGCCAAAGUCGUGUAAGCUUGUAUCUCGUGGAAGAAAUCCUCUUUGUGGAAAAAGAAAUGGGAUUUUGAACUCUACGAACAUUUGGAAAAUAUAGUCUCAAAUUUGCUUUCCAAUUGGCCAAGAGAUAUAAAUUCUGAUCUGAACACAGGUAGAUACUAAAGGGCUAAUUACAACGAGAAACCAGUCGUUGGAGGUUGAGGCUGUCACUACCCGAGGGCUAUAUGAAUUGAGAGAAAAGGGAACAAGUAGUGCACCUCGCUAUUAAAGCUCUACCUGAACACAAAGGCCACCGUGGCGAUGGCCAUGACCCUGGGGUUCUAGCAAAACUCAGCUCCCAAAUUCUCUUUCCAGUUUCAUCCUAAGUUCCUAGCAUAUGCGCUGUUUAUUUUCUGCAACAGUGUGUUCUUUUCUGCGCACUUGUACAAAAUGGUAGUACUACUGUGUCGUGGUUUUUAAACAUUAAACAUGUUGUAUAUGAAAUACCUGCUUUCGGAAUAAGCAGAAUGAGCUACACGUGGCUUCUGCAGAGGGGAUCGGAAGACUGAAGAGCAACUUGUUUGAAAACUGACAGCGUGGCACGAUGUACUCGGAGUGCUGUUUCUGUGUGAACUGCGGUGGAAACUCACGUGGACACUAUUUAAGGGAUGUGAUGUUACCUCCUGUAGAUAUGCUAACAGUGUUACAUUCUUUGAUUUCCAAGGGUUCUCUGUGGCUUUGUGUAUAUGUUUCCCGGAGGUCAUUUGAUUACCUAUCUUACUGAACUGAUUUUUAGCAGGAAUGGAAUCCAUUCCAACUAUUGCACGAAGAUUUCCCAGCUGCCCCUAAAUAUAUAUACUUGUGAGUGGCAAAGUGGCACCAAUGACGCUUUUUGCCUUUUGUACAUUUGAGAUUUUUGUAUAUAGUGUUUGCUGCAAGGCCUGUGGAAUUAAUUCAUUGAAUAUAGAGGUAUCAACUGCUGCAUGUUCAGGCAUAUUAUAAAACUUUAGUCUAUGAAAGAAUAAUUAUAAUAAUGACCAGGUGCAAUACUCUGUAUGUGUAUUGGUUCAAGUUACCGAGAGAUAGGUAUGUUCCUUUUCUGGGGGGAGGGAGGGGAGCUUCUUUGUAUCGUUCAUUUCAUUUUGGUUUAUUUUAAAAGAGUCAACAUGUAUUAAGCUAUAUUAAAUCUCACAUACAGUCCUCCUGAGCUCUGUUAUGCCCUGAUAGAGAUGGAGGAGAGAAAGGAAUGUUUUUGAUGGUGGUUCCAAAGCUUGGACAUUGACUGUCCUGAGCCCACGGAGAGUUUGUGUCCAUAUUUGCAUCUGACUGGUGAUAGCCUUUGUUAUUAACAAUAACAUUCAAUUCUCUUUUGUUUUUAUUUUUUUAAAAACUCAGGUGUAAUUAUUAUCUGUUCUUAUGAUAAUUGAAAAUAUUAAAUAUUAUGCUAUAUGAGUUCAUGUGUUUGGCAUACCAGUGAAAUGAUGAAGAACAUUAGAUUAAUUUAAUUUAUCUUCGGUAACUUGACGUGCUAGGGAGCGACUAUCUUCUGGAGUUGAGUACAAGCACAGAAACAUCUUCAUGGUGGCAUCAUCUCAUUUUUUAGGAAGACAUGACAAUACUGCCCGUCAUACUCAUGUGUAACUACUGCUGUCUCUUUUUCUUGUUUUCUUUUCGUCGCUAUGAACUUUGGACAACCAAGUAAGCUCUAACUGCAAUGCCAAAUGUCCUUGUCCAAGGCGUUGGUGGUGGUCACAUGGUGGCUGGGGUUGGUUGGGCCUUUCCUGCAGGACAACUGAUGAUUUUGCUGGGAAGUCAAAGAAUACAUUCCACCCAGCAGUUCUAGGCAGUCUGCCUGGCCCAGAGAGGCCCCUGUCAGCACCCAGAGCCAGGCUUGCUGGGAUACCUCCGGCUGAUGAAAUUCUCACAUAGGCUGAUUUCAGUCCAGUGUGGGUCUACAGAAAAACGCUUGUGUGUUCCUUGAGUAAUGAUUGUUUCAUUUUCAUUUUCACAAGAGUUUGGAAGCAGACACACUGUUACACUUCUGCCAAUUCUUUCUAAUCUUUCCAGCCACCCUCCCACUCUUUGUUUUUCUCAAGAAAAAUUUAAAAAUGGAAUGCAAAAAAAUGCCAAAAAUUAUAUGAAGGAUAGCAGUUUUCCUGUGUUCUCUCAUUAUGGACUUUGUGAAAUGGAAAUAUAAUUAUUCCUUCCAAAGGUGAAAAACAACGCAUUCUUGCUUUAAAAAAAAAAAAAAAAAAAAAAAGAAGGCUAAAAAAAUUACCUCUUUAAAAAUUAUGUGCAAAAUAAUUCUGGCUAAACAUAAAAACGUAUUCAGUUUUAGGGAUUUUUUUUGUAUUGUGAUGCUUUAUUUGUACAUUUUUUUUUCCUCUCUGGAUGUAAUUUUAAUCUCUUGCCAUUCAUUAGUGUUAUUUCAUUGUAAACAUUAUUGUGCCAAAUGUACUGUAUUCAAAAGGAUGUGAAUGUGUAUUGUUUGAGAACCUAAUAAAUACAAUGACGUUAAGUCUUA